AUGGCUUUGCGCCGGCGCAGGGCAGCAGCCGCUGCCAAAGCGCCGCAGGAGGCAAAAGCAAAACGGCCGCGCGGCAGACCUUACAAGUUCCAUCAGGAUGAAUGGGCCAGUGCAUCGAUCAGUGGCCGUGAGUGGCGUGGAGUGCUUCUGGUUUGUUCAGAUCUCCAUGCCAUGGAGGUGCUUCUGCACUUUGGAAAACCAGAGCUUCAUCAACGGAGGACCCCGCAGGCGUUGCUGGCUGUGCCCAAUGUGCUAGCGCGGCCGCAAGCGCUGCGUACGGCAGUGGAGGAGGCCAUCGAUCCAGGACUAUGGAAUUUGGCACGGAAACUGGUACCCGAUGCAGAUUUGCGCGGAGAGCUUUUGCGCUCGGCCUUGGAAUCCUUGGGGUGCGACUUGUGGAGUUUGGAGCAUCACUGCUGCCUGGCAGCUCUGCAUAUGCCCUACGGCAUCCAGGAUGCUGAAGUAACCAUUGCCUUUCCAAGUAGACUAGACUGA